UUAUAUGUUCUGAAGUUCAUUAGAGGUGCGUGUGCGUCCGCCGCAGUCUGUUAAACCGUUUUAUUGGUCCUCUGAGGAUGGUGCUAUCGCGUUGCGUUCAUACAUGAAGCUCGGAGAGGUCAUUUCCCUGCCGGUUUUUAAAACCUCUCGUCCAUGAGAGACUGCUGACCCGGUUUUUACGCUCGCGCUCCGUUAUCGGCCAGUGGCGGGACGCACACGAGCUCCGGUUGAUUUUAGUUGUUUUAUGUUUUACUUACGGUUUAACUCUCCGCACAGAUGCGCUGUUUUAGUUAGUUAAACUGAGUUUUUGCUGGGUUAGGUUAGUUAGUGAGUUAUUCUGGUUUAGUUAGUUCAGGUUUAAAUCUCAGCGCAAGUGAGUUGGGUUUGGGUUAGUUUUAAUGUUGGUCAGGAUUAGUUUGGUUGUAAACCACAGCAUGGGUAUAUUGGGUUAGGGGUCAGGUUGAGUCGUAUCAGCACAGGGCUGUUGGGUUUAGUUCAGUUUGACUUGAAAUGUGUGUUGAGUUAAAGAGAGUUCAUCUGUCAGCUAGGUUUAGUUCAGUUUGAAAUCACAAGUGUUAGGUCAAAUUUAGGUUGUGUUGAGUUAAGGCAAGUUUGGUUUGUGUGUGUUGGGUUUAGAUAGUUUUCAGUGAAAUCACAGGUGGGUCAGGUUUAGUUUAAGCUCUGCAGUGAUGGCUAAAGGCGAGUGGAAGAGGUCUGGUGCUGAUGAUCUCCCGUUAACCGAACAGUCUGAGUGUGAAGUGUUCGAUGAUGGAACCAAUACAUUCUUCUGGAGGGCACAUACUCUGACAGUGCUAUUCAUCCUGACAUGUGCUCUAGUUUAUGUGACACUGUUGGAGGAAACACCACAUGACACUGCGUACAACACUAAAAGAGGAAUUGUGGCUAGUAUUUUGGUGUUCCUUUGUUUCGGAGUAACACAAGCUAAAGAUGGUCCCUUCACACGUCCUCACCCAGCAUACUGGCGUUUCUGGCUGUGCGUUUCUGUUGUGUAUGAACUCUUCCUCAUCUUCAUCCUGUUUCAGACAGUGCAUGAUGGCAGGCAGUUUAUGAAGUACAUCGACCCUAAACUGGGCGUCCCUCUUCCUGAAAGAGAUUAUGGUGGAAACUGUCUCAUUUAUGACCCUGGUCACCCUGCUGACCCCUACCACAAUAUCUGGGACAAAAUGGAUGGAUUUGUUCCCGCCCAUUUUCUUGGCUGGUACAUUAAGACGCUGGUGAUCAGGGACUGGUGGAUGUGUAUGAUCAUCAGUGUGAUGUUUGAGUUCCUGGAGUACAGCCUUGAACACCAGCUGCCCAACUUCUCAGAGUGCUGGUGGGACCAUUGGAUCAUGGAUGUGUUGAUUUGUAACGGUUUGGGCAUUUACUGUGGCAUGAAGACUCUCGGUUGGCUCUCCAUGAAACCCUAUCAGUGGCAGGGAUUAUGGAACAUUCCUACAUACAAAGGGAAAAUUAAGCGUAUUGCCUUCCAGUUUACUCCAUACAAUUGGGUGAAGUUUGAAUGGCGUCCCGCAUCUAAUCUGCGAAGGUGGCUGGCGGUGCUGGGUAUUAUUUUCAUGUUUUUAUUGGCAGAGCUGAAUACCUUUUAUCUGAAGUUUGUGUUGUGGAUGCCUCCUGAACAUUAUCUGGUGCUUUUGCGGCUCAUCUUCUUUGUGAACGUGGGUGGAGUGGCGAUGAGAGAGAUCUACGACUUCAUGGAUGAUCCGAAAUUCUAUAAAAAGUUGGGCCAGCAAGCGUGGAUUGUGGCGACCAUUACUGUUACGGAGUUUUUGAUCGUGGUCAAAUAUGAUCCGAAAACCAUUAUGCUGCCAAUCCCCUUCUUCGUCACACAGUGCUGGACCCUCGGAAUCGUCCUCAUCUUCUUUUGGACCUUGUGGCGGUUCUUCAUCCGUGACAUCACACUCCGAUACAAAGAAACCCGCCAGCGCAGACAGGAAGGGUCUUCGGAGCAGGACAGGGUCCCUGGACACGCCGAUGCCAGCAAUUUGGCCACAUCAGGCCGUAGUAAACUAAACGGCAGUACGGACACAGUCCGAAACAGGAAGUCAUGAAUCCAUCCUUCCACACACAAAUAGCCAUGCGCUGCACAUCGCAAACGGACACACGUUUGUGUUUAUAAUCUUGUACAGAUCAUGCCAACGCUCAUGGUGUCUGUCGAGCAGCAUCCAGACAGAGGAUGCCAUCAUUGUCUUUACUCACAGAGAGCUUUGUUGUAUAUUUUAGGAAAAAUAUGUCUUUGUAGCUGUUACAUAGGUGAGGCGUUUAGAGUUUGGGGGUCCACUUUUCCUCUGGUUUUGACUUUAGUGAUCAGGAAAAAACAUUUCGAUGCAGAACACUAUGCAGUGAACUAACAGAGGAAGUGCACAUACAGCCAUUUAUGAAUAAAAAAUUAUUUUUAAGUUACAUUAAGCAGGUAGGAACACAG